CGCCGCUGGCUUGGCGACAUGGCAAUUGUGUACCCAUCCGCGGCCCAAUAUAAGGAGGGUCGCCGCGCCCUGCACCACACACCACACUCUCCCUCCAUCACUAGCACCAUCCUCUCCUCGUCCUCCUCCUGCUGCGUCAUGAAGUGUGCUGUGGCGUCGGUAGUGGUGGUGGUGGUGGCGGCGGCGGCGGCGCUGGGGGAGGCGCGGCCCUCCGACACGGUGUUCAACUACGAGGGCGAGGACCACAAGCACUACCAGAAGGGAGAGACCGGCAGGAAGGUGGAGGGCUACUACAGCUGGUUCUCGCCUGAGGGGCAGGAGUUCUACGUGCAGUACGUGGCGGACGAGCUGGGCUACCGCGUGCUGGAGUCCAACGCGCUGCCCGUCAGCUCCUGGGGCGCCCACGCCGGACGGACACCAGGGUAAUCUCGACGGCGAUGCCCAUGCCGCCCACUGACCACCCCGCGUUCCCUGUCCGCCCACACCUAUUGAUCUUCUGCGUCCCCUGCUCGCCCACUAACCCUCCUGUGCCGCCCACCCAUCCACUGACCCCCGCCCGCGCUGUCUUCCCAGCCGCCCAUCCACUGCGACCAGUUGGGGCUUGGCGGACGCGGUCACUCGCGCCCACAGAGGCCACACUCUGGUCCUGGCGGCUCAGCACAGUACAUGGCGCUUCAUGAAAUAAACACUCAGCAGCA